AUAUUAAUUAAGAAUAAUUUGCAGACUGGAAUAUCAAAAACGUUCUGGUAGUCAGAGGAGUCAUCAGGAUCUGAAUAUCAUUGGCAUUUAACUGUCGAAAGAAAAAGAUUGAUUUGCAAUUAGAGCCUUCAAAUGAAACCACAUCCAGAUCUGACAGUCACUGUGUUUAUCGUAACCUAAUUAUCUCAGGAUUUUGAACAUUGAAGGAAAAAGCACCGUUCACAGUGGGAGAAACACAUGUCAUCUGUGUUCGGAAGAGUCUGUGGAGAUUCCUCUGAAAUGUCCAAACGCCAGCUCGGUCACAUGAGGGAGAGAAUGUGGAAAUGUGGGGAUUGUGGGAAGGAAUGUCUUUCCCCAUCCAAGCUGGAAAUUCACCAACGCACUCACACUGGGGAGAAGCCAUUCACCUGCUCUGAUUGUGGAAAGGGAUUUGCUCGGUCAUCCAACCUGCUAAGGCAUGAGCGAGGUCACACUGGGGAGAGACCAUUCACUUGUUCCCAGUGUGGGAAGGGAUUCAGUGAGUCAUCCAGCCUGCGGAUACACCAACGCAGUCACACUGGGGAGAGACCAUUUAUCUGCUCUGAUUGUGGGAUGGGAUUUACUCAGGCAUCCAGUCUGCAGAUACACCAGCGAGUUCACACUGGGGAGAGACCGUUCACCUGCUCUGAUUGCGGGAAGGGAUUCAGUCAGUUAUCCAAACUGCAGACACACAAGCGAAUUCAUAGGAGAGAGAGACCAUUCACCUGUUCUCAUUGUGGGAAAGGAUUCACUCAGUCAUCUAAUCUACUGGAACAUCAGCGAGUUCACACUGGUGAGAGACCAUUCACCUGCCCUGCUUGUGGGAAAGGAUUCGCUCGGUCAUACAGCCUGCUGUUACACCAUCGAGUUCACACUGGGGAGAGACCAUUCACCUGCUUGGAGUGUGGGAAAGGAUUUGCUCGGUCAUCCAGCCUGCUGGAACACCAGCGAAUUCACACUGGGGAGAGACCGUUCACCUGCUCUGCUUGUGGGGAAGGAUUCACUCUCUCAUCUAAACUACUGGAACAUCAGCAUGUUCACACUGGAAGAAGACGAUUCACCUGCUCUGCUUGCGGGAAAGGAUUCACUUGGUCAUCCAGCCUGCUGCAACACCAGCGAGUUCACACUGGAGAGAGACCAUUCAGCUGUUCUGAAUGUGGAAAAGCAUUCAAUCGUUCAUCCAACUUGCUGAGACACCAGCGAGCUCACACUGUGGAGAAACAUUCACUCAGUUAACUUGCCUGCUGGUACAGCAGCCUUUUAACUCUGUAGAGAGACUGUUCACUUGUUCUGUGUGUGGGAAGGGAUUUCAAACUUAACACACGAGUGAAAUGACACCCAUUGGAUCCCAUUCACCUGCCAUGUUUGUGUUUGCUAACGCACCAGCAAAUUCACAAAGAACUACAGGUGAAAGGUUUUGCUUUUACUUACACCAAGGAAGGAACCCCUAGUCAUUGGGCUAUCUGAACUGAUGUUUUUAAACCCUGCUCUAUUAAAAGGGCUGAUAUUGUCGAUAAAACGUUGAUACAAUUGUGUAUCUGCAGGAUAGUAUUUGAAAAUAAUCACAAUGUGACUGUACAUCAACAUGUUUACAUUGGGUAAAGACUGUCCACCUGUAUAUUGUUUGUAAAGUGAUUUUGAGGUUCAUCAGGAUUGAUUAAACAACAACGAGUUCCCCAGUAACUGUCAGCGUUGGAUUUUGAUGCUAUUGUUAUCCAAAUCCAAACCAUCCCUUCUUGCCCUAUUUCUGAUGAUGUUUGUAAACAACACAGGUUCAGUUACCUGUUUGGGAUAAAAGUAAUACAAAUCUAAAA